UCACGCUGAGGCUGGAGGAGGCGGAGCUUCUGCUUGAUCCACUACGGCCCUUACAAGAACAUGCUUUUUAUCUCCAAUAUAAUGCUAUGGAAAACAAACCUGGCAGCACGGAGAGCAUGGAGGUCAUUAAUGUUGAGGCUGAAUUCUGCCACCGCUGGUUUGUCUUCUGGCCCUGGUUUUUGGGAUAGGUCUGACGGACUCUCUUGUGUUUCUGCUGAAAAGCCUCCUCACAUGCCUGUCAUGCUUAAAGAAGUGCUUCAUUACUUAGACGUCCAGCCAGCUCAGGUGGUCCUGGACAUGACAUUUGGAGGUGGUGGUCAUACCAAAGCAAUACUGAACACGGCUUCUGAAGUCACUGUCCUGGCCUUAGACCGGGACCCCACAGCUAUUUCUCUGGCCCAGCAGCUAGCCAAAGAGCACUCUGGUCGUGUGAAACCGCUGCUCGGCCGGUUCAGUGAGCUUGAAGCCUUGCUGUCUAACAUGAACAUUAAGUCAGGCAGCAUUGAUGCUGUCCUGUUGGACGCAGGCUGUUCCUCCAUGCAGAUGGAUCAGGCAGAGAGAGGCUUCUCCCUCAGCAAGGAUGGACCCUUGGAUAUGAGAAUGGAUGGAGAGAGGUACCCUGACAUGCCCUGCGCUGCUGACGUUGUGAAUACCUUAGAUCAACAGGCUCUUGCAUCUAUCCUCACUGCAUAUGGGGAAGAAAGACACGCCAGGAAAAUAGCUUCAGCCAUUGUGGAAGCGCGCCGUGUCAACCCCAUCACCCGGACACAGCAGCUGGCCAGCGUGGUUGCAGGAGCUUUUCCUCCAGGCGUUGUCUACGCACGUAAAGACCGUCUUCAACGUCGUGCCCACAUUGCAACUAAGACGUUCCAGGCCCUGCGGAUCUUUGUGAAUGAUGAGUUGAAUGAAUUGCACACGGGGCUCUGCGUGGCCCAGUCAGCGCUGAAACCUGGAGGAAGGCUCUGCGUGAUCACAUUUCAUUCGUUGGAGGACAGACUGGUCAAACGUUUCCUGCAGGGGCAUGACUUGUCUAACUUGGAUCAAUACCACUUUAGCCAAAACAAGCAAGGUAGCAGAAAGAAAAAACUGGUGGAUGAGGACAGUGAAUGUAACAAAAGUUCUUACUGGUUUCCUGUGAAAAGAAAAGUGGUCAAUCCAGAAAAAGACGAUGUGAGAGAGAAUCCUCGUGGACGAUCUGCUAAACUCCGGAUAGCUCUACGGCAGUAACUUUCAAACGAUCAUGGGAAAAAAAUAAUGUAUUUCAUAAUGAAAAUUUCAUUUUUUACUGUGAACACAUUACUGCACACAUAUCUGAGUUUGUUGCCUAGUGAAGCAGUGAAGUGGUUUGUCUUUGAACUGAAAUGUGUAACAGCUUUCGGACCAUUUGGUAACAGAAAAAAAGGUGACAGUAUCUGAGCUUUUGCAUCAAGUGAGAAUUAAUGCCAGGCAACAACAUGCUUCAUCUUUGUAAUCUAGUUUUUUAAGAAAAGGAAUAAAAACCAAAGCCUGAUUCUUGCAAAAUUCCUUCAAAGAUAUUUCACUGUCAGUUCAUUAUGUUUUUGUAUUUAUUUGAUACAAACAUUCUUAUGUUAAGCUUCACUGUAAUUGUACAUUAUUCAGCAGAUUCUUUGCAGAAGAUGUAUGUCUUUUCAUUAGAGUGCAUCACUUUGCACGUCUGCAGUGGCGUUAUUAGUGAACAGCAGCAACAGGGUUUAAGAAAAGACGACCUAAAAAUGUCCCAAGUCCAAAGCUGAUUGGUAUUCUGACAACGGAUCAGUACUUUUCAAUAGUGUUACAGUUUUAAUUUUUUUUUUAUAAACACAAGUUGGCUAUCAUAAAAGAUACAAUAAUCGUAAUAAUUAACAUCACAAACUCCAUUUUUAAAAUUAGUUAAAGUUUUUGUGACCGGUCAGAAUUUGCAAUGUUACUGUUGACACUGAAGUUAAGAAGCAGUAACCUUGUGUCAUUAAAUCAUUUCUCAUUUGACUAUUUUUAAUUGAUAACGCACAAUUUUAUCAAAACAGGAUGAAUGUUCUCUUCACUCUAAAUUUCUAAACAUGGAGGCUUCAACAUUUUAGUUUGUUGGUCUUCACAAAUCUGUCUCUUGCUACCAAUGAAAUCUUUAGUUUCAUGUGUGUGGCCCAGCAAAGAGCUGCGUUGCAAAGCUUUUUUUUUAUUAGUCUGAGAUUCGUUUGUGGAAAUGGAAGUACCUUUUGCAAACCAAGCAGUUUAUUUUGGAAGAAAUUUGGUUGAGAUAAACAACCCAAUGCCAUUUUUGUUUUUAUAGUAGAUGAUUUGGUCAAGUUGACAGAUUUUUCCUCAUCAUCCUGGUUUGAUUUCAUUCAUUAAUUAGUUUUCAUAUUUAAGUAAAAGUUCUUAACCUCUGUUCAAAUGUGUCUUUUGAUAGUAUUCUUUUUCUGAGACUGUUUUUGACUUGAACAUCAUGUUUUAAAGUUGUUUUCUACUUCAAGACAGCAAAGAUGUCUUUGACUUCCAGGCUUUUUGGUGUAGGUGAGCCCAACAGUUUAUUUGUCUGAGCAAUAUGAACAAAAUGGGAGGAUGUUGCCAGUUUCUAUUCUUUCUUUUCUAUUGAAAUUUUUAUUGUUUGUAAUAUCUUUAAAAGGUCCCAAGAAAAGCCAAAAAAAUGAGGUUUUACAAUGUAGGAGCAGACUUUUUCUGUUAUGUCUUUAAACUGUCAUUAUAAUAAUUAUCAAAUAAGGACUUGGUUGUUGUUUUUGUUGCCUAACAGCUCAAAAUAAAAAUGUCAAAAAGCUAUCUCAUUGUCCAGACAACAAUUGUGCUUGUUUACAACACGUUCAAGCUAUGUAUGAUGGCACCUGAAGUUGUUGCUGCCCAGAAGCUUAAUAUGUAAAACCAGCACAGAAUUUUUUUUUUUUCAUUGACGUCUGUAUUUUCCCUGAACCUCCCUUGAUGAGUAGCUCAAGUGCAACCUCUACUGCACCAUAUGAAUCAGUAAUGCCACUAAAUACUGAAUGACGCAAGUGUCAGAAGUGGUGCUGAAUGAGCUGGGUGGUUGUUCUUGAGCAUUCUCUCACCUUCAACUGUAAGCAGAUGAGGCGUUUUGAUCUUUACUAUUUAAGUUUGGCUAAUUGUAAUUGCUUCAUCAAGAUUAUUAACAAUUUUUUUCUUCUUUCUCAGUUUUGUGCUCUCUAAAUAUACCCUUGCAGUUACCUUGGAAACUAAGUGGUGCAAGUAAUACUCAAGUGCAUCUAAAUUUAUAUCCUGUAGUUUAAUCUACUUUGAAAAUAAGCUGUAUUGGGAGUUUUCUACGCCCCUUCCUGGUGGCACCUGUGGAUGUAAAACCCGGGAUAUGUCAGGACAUUUGAUCUUUUUCUUUCUUCACAGAAGUAAAGUGUUUGCUGAGCUUCAAAAAGCUGUGAGAAAGAAGCUUUAUAACAGACACAAUAGCUGCUAACAAACAAGAAUUUAUCCUUCAACAACUUUCAGUAUAUUAUGAAAAGUGGAACUUUCAAAAUCCAGUUUUCCACAGGAGGUAAUGAUUUCAGUGUUGCUGGUGUUGAUCCUUUUUGUUAAGUGCCUCCGUCUACACAGACAUAGAAAUGUUAAUUGGAUUUUCAAUCAAGAUUUAGUAUUUCCCACACUGACAAAAGUAGCAAUAUACCUGUUUUAAUGCCCAUUAUCUCACAGUGUAAAACUCCACAAUGAAGCUAUUAAGUAUUAUUGGGACAAAGAUGAGAAGAGCUGAAGGCUGUUAAAAGCAGCCCGGGCUUCCCGAGCCUCCUCUGCACCACUAUGGGUCACACACCUCCAUGCAACAUCACGUCAAUGCAGCAACUAAUGCAAAAUGAGCCUCAACAGUGUAAUAUGUAAAGAUUAUACAUUACAUGAACGUAUACAUAGAACAUUAAAACCAAUUAAAUUUUUUUUG